AUGAGUAGCCUCCAAUCGCUCUUUUUUUCUAGUAGACUCCUUCUUUCGUUCUUCUUCAUCAGAUUCCUGUACUGUUGCGGAUUUCUUAAAGGAUUCUCACAAUUUUCUCUUCGCCAUUUUUCUUUUUGCUUUUGGCGUUUGCACUACUGCCGUUGCAUCGCUCUCAGCUCAUUCAAUAGGAGAAAAUCCCUCACUUUUGCUGUGGCUGACUCUUCUACUUUCCCGCUGACUGAUUUCCUUCUUCCAGCACCAUCCUCGUCCUGCAUUGUUAUAUAUCUGCGUGUGGUCACUGAUGUUUCCUCCUUCUUAAUAGACCUCUUCUUCCCAUCAUCACCAUCGGAUUCUUGCAUUGUUGCAGAUUUAGUCACUGUUCCCGAUUCGUCUCCUUUCCCAGUGGACGACUUCCUACCUUCUGCACCAUUUUCAUCGUGCAUUAUUACAUACCUAUUUGUCGUCUCUGACCUCUCUUCUUUCCUGGUGGACCAUUUCUUUCUUCCACUUGCAUCGGAAUCCUGCCUAUAA